AAAGGUAAGAAAGCGAAGCAAUCUAUGAUGCUGGUAUCUUUGUUUCCUUGGCUCUGCUUGCACGAUCAGGCUUUUUGAGCCUUUGGAGGAGUCUGCAACUGUCAAGUGGAUCACUAUUGGCGGCCACCUCUGCUUUUGUAGCCGAAGUCUAAUGCGUUUAUAAGCAAAGAGCAGCGAUGACCGAGACCACCAGCAUCGCAAGCAAAUUUUCGAUACUCAAUUGCAUUUUCUACGGUAUUGAAACCGCCCGGGUUCAGGUACUAUUGCGCCCAUCGGUCAUGCUUCUGUUUCCAAGUCCUAUUUACGGUCUUUUCCUCACUACUAUGGCGAUGUUGUUGAGCCUUCAAAUCGAGGCAGUCAUCAGACUGACAAAAACAUUUUUUGGCGUUACGAUGGAUUCAUCGGAUAUUUGUGUAAAUCUAUUUAUUGGACAACUAUUAAUGGUCCUAUCGAUAUCAUCGACCUUCUCUUCGCCUUCGUAUUUUUGCUCAUGCAUCUAUCUAUAUAUAACACCUUUUCGAUGACGCUCACGUCUUUCCAACAUAGCAGGUACCGGUAAUGUCUCGCCCAGUACCUGACUUCGCGUAUCACCUUGGCCCGCCACUACUAAUCACAUCAUCGUCCAGGGCACCAUGCAUAGCCGCAUCAC